AAUAAAUUCACAGCUUUCUCUUCCCCAAAUUCUCUCUCUCUUCGUUUCCAAUCGAUUUUUUUUUCCUAUUGCUUUCUCUCUCUAAAUUUACAUACUCAUAUAUAUGAUAACAAUUUAUAAUUUAGGGUUUUGAUUCUCACACUUGACGUAUACAGGAACAGCGAUUCUCAGGUUGUGAUAUGUAUUUAAUCAGUGAUUUGGUUGUAUUGAAAAAGGAGUGUAAUUUGAGGAGAUUUGUUAUGGAAUUGAGUUUAGGGCUAGUUUUGUUUGGUAAUGGAGGUGAAAUGGGAGAUAAUGGUGUGAUGUUUUGCAUUUAGGAAUUGGAUAAUUUUCUGUGGGGAAAUGUGUUAAGGGUGUUAGGGUUGGGAUAAAGUGGGAUUUGAAGAUGGAAGAUGUUCAGCAGCAAAUGCAGCAGAAGCCGGAGAGUACGGGGGAUGAUGUGCGUUCAGAGUUUGAGAGGGGACUGGAGGAGUUGGUGUGUGGUCACUUGGAUGAGUGUAUGUCGUAUGCUUCGUGUAGUUCAGUGCGUAAUACUGAGGAUGAGGAUGAAGAGUCUGAUCAGCUUGUAAGGAGGAGGAGGAGGUCUGACCUUGAAGGUGAUGACCUAGCAGAGUCGUCUGCUGCCAGGAGGCGCCACUCGAGGAUAUUGAGCAGGUGGGCAGCAAGACAGGCUCAAGAGAUGAUUACUACUAUUGAGAGGAGGAACCGUGAGUCUGAGCUGAUGGCACUUGCUGGUUUACACACUGUUUCAAUGCUUGAUUCCUCGUUCUUGAGGGAAUCACAAUCUCCUACCUCAAGGCGUCAGGGUGGUGAUUCUGAGAGAAUAAGCACGAGGGCUUCUAAUAUUUUGCAGAUGUGGCGAGAAUUGGAGGAUGAACAUGUGUUGAAUCGUGCACGAGAAAGGGUGAGGGAAAGGUUGACACAACGGAGGAGCAUGGAUUCUAAUACCAAUGUUUCUAGUGCAAAUAUGUCGGAAAGCCGGGAAACUGAUAACCAAGGUAGCUUGGUGGAUGCUAGUGAGAGUGAGAAUGAGUAUGGUACUUGGUCUCAUGAUCCAAUUGGACCACAGAAUGAUCAUAGAGACCGUGACAACUCCAGCCGUGAACCAUCUCCCGAUCUAGGGGAAGUUGAGAGGGAGAGGGUGAGGCAAAUUGUUCGUGGAUGGAUGGAGAGUGGGAUCAGUGACCAUUCAUCUAAUGUCUCUCAGCCUCAGAGAAAUGGUGGUCCAAGAGGGGAAUGGCUGGGGGAGACAGAACGUGAAAGGGUGAGAAUUGUGCGGGAAUGGGUUCAAAUGACUAGUCAACAGAGAGGAGCUCGUGGUAGCCAGAGGGAGGAACAGUCCACUAGGCUUAGUUCUCAAGGAGAUCGUGCUCGUGAAGGGUCUGUUGUGGACCAUGAGGAAGCCCAACCAGAGCACAUUCGUAGGGAUAUGUUGAGGCUGCGUGGGAGGCAGGCUCUACUUGAUUUGCUUAUGAGAAUUGAAAGGGAAAGACAGAGGGAACUUCAGGGUCUGCUAGAGCAUCGUGCAGUAUCUGAUUUUGCUCAUCGCAAUCGGAUUCAGUCACUUCUCAGAGGAAGAUUCUUGCAUGAAAGGCCUGCUGAGGAAGAGAGACCACCUUCAAUAGCAGCAAGUGAACUAGUUCAGCUAAGACAACGUAACACCGUCUCAGGGCUGAGGGAAGGAUUCCGCUCCAGAUUAGAAAACAUUGUACGUGGUCAAGAAAUCGAGAAUGAAAAUGGUGAACUAAUGCAGACCGGCGAGCUGGAGAGCACUGUGCAUCAGUUGCCUGAUCGUGGUGAGAAUUCUGGUCAGAGUAUGAAUCAACAACCUCCUCCUAAUCAAGGAAGGGAUCGAGUGGAAGCUGUUGUUGAAGCUGAGGAAGGAAUACAACGUAAUUUAACAUCAAAUGAUUCUAAUGUAUGGACUGAUGAGACCACAGAGAAUGUAAGCAGGAAUUGGCAAGAAAAUCCAUCAACUGCUAGGUCCCUUGAAACAACAGCGUAUGUGGGGAGAGCAGAACAUCGUUUCCCAGAAAACCAGGAGGUUUGGCAUGAGGAUGCCUCACGAGAAGCUGUGGAGUCUUGGUCAGCAGGACCUUCUGAUCCUCCACGAAUGCGGCGUCCUGUCCCGUUAAGGAGAGUUAGUAGAUUCCACCCACCUGAUGAUGAUAAUGUGUAUAGUAUGGAACUUAGAGAGCUUCUUAGCAGGAGGAGUGUUUCCAACCUUCUUCGCAGUGGUUUCCGUGAAAGUUUAGAUCAAUUAAUUCAGUCAUAUGUGGAAAGGCAAGGCCGCUCUCCUAUUGAUUGGGAUCUGCAUCGGAACUUGCCUAUUCCUGCUUCACCUGAAAUGGGUCCGGAUCAGCAGAAUGAUGAGCAAAAUGAUGAUCAGCAGGAUGGAGUUGGCCGGCCUUCAAUUGUGCUACCCUCUCCUCCUGUGCCACCACCCCAGCCUCUUUGGCAUCAGGAUUUGCAUCACUCAAGUUGGCCACGUCAUGCAGUGCAUCGUUCUGAACUUGAGUGGGAAAUGAUUAAUGAACUUAGAUCAGACAUGGCAAGACUGCAGCAAGGCAUGAACCACAUGCAAAGAAUGUUAGAAUCCUGCAUGGAUAUGCAACUGGAGCUACAACGCUCUGUCAGGCAGGAAGUUUCAGCUGCUUUGAAUCGAUCAGCUGGUGGUCAAGGGGCUGCAGAGACCUCAGUCGAUGGUUCUAAGUGGGGCAACGUGAAAAAGGGUACUUGCUGUGUUUGUUGUGAUAGUCACAUCGAUUCCUUGUUGUACAGAUGUGGGCACAUGUGCACUUGUUCAAAAUGUGCAAAUGAAUUGGUGAGAGGUGGAGGAAAGUGUCCAUUGUGUCGCGCACCCAUUGUUGAGGUGAUCCGAGCUUACUCAAUACUGUAAAAAAGACGAAAGGGAUAGGAUGGUAAAGACAGAAGGUUGGUAAGGUGUAAGAGGAGUUGUAAUGCUCCCUCUACCAAGCUUCUCAGAUUCUUAUUAUUCUGUAGAGUGUUUAUUUACUUUUGCCUAUGUUCUUCUAAUUGUAUAUGGAAUGCUAUGCAAUGUGUAAUUGGAAAAACGAAAGGCACUUUUUUGCAUCAUUCAUUCGUAAAUAAAAUUGUUAAAUUCUUUUGCA